AUGACCAGAUUCCUAGCCUUCGUGCUCUUGUACGCCUCUGCCGAGCCCAUCUACAUCGCAGAUCUUAUUGAGGAGGAGGCUGCUUUCUGCCCCACUGAGUACUCCAGCGAACUUGAGAGACUCUUCCCGCCAAUCCCUUUUUGGUGCUUCUUUAUGCUCUUUGCCCUCACGGUCCUCUUCGGAAUCCUGGGUGGCAACGGUGGCGAGAGGAGUGCCGGAAUCCUCGGCCCAUCGUCGAGCUCGACGAGGCCGGACAGCAGCCAGAUUUUGCCUGCGGGCCUGGCUGACAGCGCAAAAGGCUUGCUCGGAACAAGAGCUGGCCAGAGCUUGCGGUGUGCUGCGACACCACCACAGUCGCAGCACAUUGCCGGCGGCAGUGGAAAGAAGGCUACAGAUACAAAAGCGACAUUUUGCCCGGACUGUGGUGGACACUGGAAGAGUUGCAUGCAGCCCCAGACCUACACAGCCAGAGACGACAACCCUCCUUGGAAAGCUUCCUGGAGGGCGGAGGAGGCCAAAUCCCCUCGCCGACCAAGGCCUUCUCCACGACGACAUGGCAAGGGACAGCAGAAAGGAAAGGAAGCCGGAGAGGGUGCCGGGAAGGGCAAAGACAUGCCUCCACAGCCCCCCUCUAUGGACAUCUUGCCGACGGCGCCGGCUCAGCCAUCGGUUGCAGUGCCCAAGAAGGGGCCGACAGAGAUGCCGCCGGACCCUGCCAAAGCACAACUGGAAGCACUGUUGGGAGCCCUGUCCUCGUCGACGGCGUCGCUUCCUCCAAUAGCCCAGCAGAUGAUCGCGACCAUGCAAGAAUCUACAGCACAAUGUGCAACUCGAGCUAUGCACAAGGCGGUAGCCGAACAGGCAAAAUCCCGCCAAGCGUUGGCAAAGGUGCAAAGCCAGCGUGCAGCCUAUCUCCAGUCAUGGCACACGUACAUGUCACAACUAGCCUCCUUGCUGGAAAGCCAGGUUGCAGAGCAGGCAGCGAUCCUCGAGAAAUUCGACCAGUCCGAAAUAUUGUGGUCCCAAGCGGACCACCAGGCGACCCAAGCCCUGGCCCGCUUAGCAGGGGCCGAGGCGGGCACCACCACGGACCCGGUGGAGCGCGACAUGGAGGUCUCAGAGGAUGCAGUGGAACAGGCUAUCGAGGUGGAGCAGAAACUACAGGCAGCUACGCACGAGAGCCAGCAGUCGGCCAAGAAAAUGGUCGAUGCACUUCACGAAAUGAGGCAGUCGGCAGAAGACCAGCUGCAGAAGGGCGGAAGAGAAGGAUCUCGCACGCCCAGACGAACGACAACGGUGGAGCCCACCGACGAGAAUGGGGAAAGCAGGGAUGCCAAAGAUGGGGGGCCAAAAGCUGGCGCUACUGGCGCUGCGCUCUCGGCCUUCAAGCUUGGUGGUGCAGCCUUCGAGCACAACAUUGUUACAGCCAUGGGUGAGAUGGACGCUGGGCAUCCGGACGACUGCCCGGUCCCGGCUGUCUCAUUCUUCCGUGUUCCUUCCGAGCGCAUGGGUGGGCCGGAUGUUGAGCACGAUGCGGAUGAGGGGGCUGUGCAGGAGCAGGUCAGGUUCGAGGUCAAAGGCCAGACCGAUUUGCUUUUCCACGAUUGGGCUCUUCAGUUCGACCGCAUGGUGCGUCUGGUGCCAGAAGAUUUUGAUUACACUCUCCUGCGCCGGCCGGCGGCCUUGCUGGUACCGGAGCUUCGUGCCCUCUUUGACGCAACCCAGCGGGGAAGGUAUACCGUGUUUGAGCCAGGUCAACGGCCCCGAACUCGGCAAUGCCACGUGAGCUGGCUGCUUGAGGACUUUGUGGCAGAUGCAGUGGGUAGCUCGGUGCAACAGCCGCGCUCAGUUCAGAUUCUGCAGCGGCCCCUUGCAGGGCUUCCAGGGCCGCACCUGGUUCUCACACACCUGGAUGCUCCAUGGGCUUUCCUUGCAGUGCCUUUUGACAUGCGAGGCUCGCACGGCAAUGUUGUCACAGCACAUGUGCCGCCUGCAAUACCACUGGAGCUAGUUCCAGGCUACGUUGCGCAAGGAGCUCGCCGCUACAACAGCUACCACAACCUGCAUGCAGCCGCCUUCCAGACGAAACCGCUCUAG